GAUAUUUAGGACUCAGCCUCUGGACUCGAGAACCAGCUGCUCUAGAUGUAAGUGUGGAUCUCACCAGCAGUCCGUCCCAGACCAAGCGAUGGAGGAAGUAUCGCUCCUCUGGGCCCUGGCUCUGCUCCCAAUUGCAGCUCCAACAACUCUGAGUCCUUACUAUGUGGUGGUUAUCCCAGCCAUCAUUCACCAUCCCGGCCAUGAGAAGGUCUGUACCCACCUCAUCUCCUUCCCUGAGACUGUCCACCUGUCGGUCACGUUGGAGAUGCAAAACCAGAAUCACACCCUGGUGGAGAAGGACGUGGAGAAGCCUGGAAUCUUUGAGUGCAUCAGCUUCAAGGUGCCAGCCUUAGUUACCGGGGAAAAGCAGUUUCAUGAACCAAAAGAUGUAGUGGCCUUUGUGCGUGCAGUGAUCCGCAGUGGGGACAGGGUGAGCUACGAGGGCCGCAAGAAGGUGCUGAUGAAAAGGCGGCAAGAGACGAUCAUUGUAGACACAGACAAGGCCUUCUACAAACCUGGAGAGACAGUGAAGUUUCGAAUUGUGAGCCUGGAUGAGUCUUUUAAGGCCAUUGAUAAACUGUAUCCCCUGGUGUUGCUGCAGGAUCCCAAUGGGAACCGGAUUAGCCAGUGGGUGGAUGUGAAGCCAAGACAAGGCAUUGUGGAUCUCUCCUUCCCCUUGGCCUCGGAAGCUGCCCUGGGGAAAUACACCAUCAAAGCAGACAAGGAUGUGCCCCAAAGGCUUGAGACAACCUUCACAGUGGAGGAAUAUGAGUUGCCCAAGUUUGAGCUGAAGUUAAACGUUCCACCACUGGUCACGACUUCGGAAGAGAAAUUUCAGUUCACGGUUUGUGGCAGGUACACAUAUGGGAAACCUGUUCAGGGGAAAAUAGAGGCCAAGCUGAUUGGGCAAUCAGACUUUGAGACAGAAGAAAACGUGACAUUGUCUACAAUAAAAAAGGAGUAUAUAGACCAGACGGACAAGAACGGUUGUGCCAUUUUUACAGUGGAUAUGGAUGAGCUCCAAGUAAAUAAUACUGCCUUCGGGACUCGUCUUCUAAUUGCAGCAGAACUGGAAGAAGAAGGAACAGGAGCCACAGACACGGAUACAGCCUUUGUUGCUAUCGCUUCCAAGAUGGUAGAGGUGAACUUUGUCAAUCUCAACCCCUUUUACAAGCUCGGCUUUCCAUACACUGGGAAGAUGCACUUUGCCAUCAAUGAAGUUCCCAUCCAAAACCACACUGUCUACCUGACUGUGGAUGUCAAUGAUAAGGAGACGCACCUGCCGUAUGUGACAGAUGAGAAGGGGGAAGUCCACUUCACCCUAGACACCUCGGAGUGGAACAACACGCUGGUGUCGCUGAGGGGCAGAUACUCCAUUGUGAACAUAACCAAGGAGGAUCUCUACACAUAUGCAGUGGUCCAGCAGGAGGCUUUCAAUUGGCUGAAACCCUUCUACUCUGAGAGCAACAGCUUCCUGGAGAUCCAGCAGGUGGAAGAAGAGCUGCCCUGUGACCAAGAACAGGAAGUGCGGGUGGAUUACAUCCUGGACCGGAAUGAGCUGGUUCCUGGGUCAGAUCAUCUGGAUUUCUAUUAUUUGGUUGUCUCAAGAGGCAGGAUUGUUCUCAAUGGACAGACACAAGUGCCAGUUGGCCAGGAUGAGACACUGAAGGGUUCCUUCUCAUUGACUCUGCCCAUCAGCUCUGAACUUGCACCCACUGCCAAUCUUUUGCUUUAUGCCAUAUUUGCUGAUGGAGAGGUAGCAGCCGAUGUGGACGUGUUCACAGUCAGCAAGUGCUUCAAACACAAGGUGACACUGGCCUUCUCAGAGACGGAGGACCUCCCAGGGUCGAAGGUCAGUCUUAACCUGAAGGCUGACCCUGGCUCCCUGUGCUCCAUCCGUGCAGUGGACAAGAGCGUCCUCCUCAAGGAAGAUAACAUCAUGACACCAGAGAGUGUGUAUUUGUGGGGCUUGGAAGAAGAUUAUAUGAUUGGUGGCCGAGGAUAUCCUUAUCGUGUGGAAGACUUUGAGCCAUAUCCUUGUCUGCCCCCUGUUCUUCCUCUCCUCCCCACUGCCCGGAACAGGCGCUCUUUGAUGGGAGCUCCCUGGUAUCAAAGCGAGGCUGAUGUCUAUAGUCUGUUUAAGCAUUUGAGAAUGAAAAUUUUAACCAACACCAAAGUGAAGAAGCCCGUUUCCUGUGUACGGCCAACCUAUGAGAAAAGAAUCUUACAGUCUGCCAGAAACCAGCAUGAUGAUGUUGAUAAUGUCAUUCCCUCGCUUGUUUCUCAAACGGGUGUUGAGGUGACACCAAGCCCCAAGGAGGAAAAGACAAAACCACGGACACAUUUUCCAGAGACCUGGAUCUGGGAUCUGGUCCCCGUUGGUGAGGUGGGAAAGGCGUCUCUGCAGGUCACUGCUCCUGACACCAUCACAGAGUGGCAAGCCAACAUGUUCUGCAUUGCGGAUAGCGGUUUUGGACUCUCCCAGCGAGCCACGUUCACAGUUUUCCAGCCCUUCUUUGUGGAUGUGAGAUUGCCCUACUCUGUGGUCCGAGAAGAGACUUUCACCCUAAAUGCCAUUGUCUUCAACUACCUGAAGGAAUGUAUCCAGGUGAACACCAGCCUGGCUGAGUCUCCGGAGCUUCGGGUGGAAUCUUGCCCAGAUUGCCAAUACACAAGCUGCCUCUGCGCUGGUGAAGCCAAGACUUUCUCCUGGACUGUGACCGCCACCAAACUGGGCAAGGUGAAUGUCUCCGUGAGCACCGAGGCUGAGGAGGCACACGACCUAUGCGGCAAUGAGAUCGCCGUGACACCCCCACGAGGACGGACAGACACGGUGAUACAAGCCCUCCUUGUCAAGCCGGGCGGGACCCUCGAAGAGAAGACUCACAACGCCUUCCUGUGUGUUACAGAGGAUCCAGUUACAGAAGAAGUUUCCCUGAAGCUGCCAGAAGGAGUCUUGGAAGGAUCAGGCCGAGCCAUUGUCUCUGUCAUUGGGGAUAUCAUGGGCGCAGCCUUAGAGAACUUACACCAGCUACUUCAAUUGCCCUUUGGCUGUGGUGAACAGAACAUGGUCAUGUUUGCUCCAAACAUCUUUGUACUCCAGUACUUGGAGAAGACAAAACAGCUUACCCCGGAGAUCAGAGACAAAGCACUGGAAUUCAUGAAGACCGGUUACCAGCGCCAGCUGCUCUACAAACAUGACAAUGGUUCCUACAGCGCCUUUGGGAAGCGUGAUGCUGAGGGCAACACCUGGCUGACAGCUUUUGUGGCUCGGUCCUUCGGCCAGGCCAGCUCCUACCUGUACAUUGAUGAGCGGCAUGUGAAGGAUGCUGUCCGCUGGCUGGGACAGAACCAGCUGCCCAGCGGCUGCUUCCAGAGUGUGGGGAAACUCUUCAACAAUGCCCUGAAGGGUGGCGUGGAUGACGAGAUCUCGCUGACGGCUUACAUCACUGUCGCGCUGCUGGAGUUGCACAUGGAGAAGAAUGGCACCAUGGUGGACGACGCUUUACUCUGCCUCAAGAAGGCAUUACAUGAUGUGAACAGCACAUAUGCCCAGGCCUUGAUGGCUUAUGUCUUCACACUGGCCAAGGACGUGGAAUCAAGGCAGCAGCUCUUGCAGCAGUUAGACCAACAGGCUACCAAACCUGGAGGAUAUCUGUUCCGGGAAGGACAUGGGCACUCCAUUGAAGAGUUGAUGGCAUAUUUUUUAUCUUUAUCAUCAUCAUCAUCAUCAUCAUCAAUUGAGACUGUGGCUUAUGUCCUCCUAGCUCACAUUUCCACACCAGAGGUAUCAGCUGCAGAAAUUGCAGCUGCUUCCAAGAUUGUGCGCUGGCUCAUCAGUCAACGGAACUCCUACGGGGGCUUUGCCUCCACUCAGGACACAGUCGUCGGCCUUCAGGCCUUAACCAGGUAUGCAGCCCUGACGUACCGCGAGGCAGAAGGGGUAAAGGUGACAGUGAAAUCCAUGGAGGGCUCACAGCAGGAGUUCCACGUGGAUAAGAAGAACCAGCUGGUACUGCAGCAAGCAUCACUCCCUCAAGUCCCAGGGAAGUACAUGGUGCAGGCCAUUGGGAAUGGCUGUGUGUAUGUGCAGACGACUCUGCGCUAUAACAUCCCGCCCCCAGAGAGCAACGCGACCUUUGUCCUGAGUGUGAGCACGGCACCCGAGAAGUGCAGCCCUGCUUCCAGGAAACGCUUUGACCUCCAUGUGCAAGUCAGCUACAUUGGAGAUCGGGAGACCAGCAACAUGGCCAUGAUAGAAGUGGCAAUGCUCUCAGGAUUCAUCCCCAUGAAGAAGUCUGUGAAGGAGCUGGAGAAGAUGCCCCUGGUGAAGAAGACGGAGUUCCAACCUGAUGAGGUCACCAUCUACGUGGAGGAGCUGGACAAGUCUCCUCUCAACUUCACCAUCUCCAUGAAACAAGAAAUUGAAGUGCAGAACCUGAAGCCAGCAACAGUGACGGUCUAUGAUUACUAUCAGCCAGGUGACAGUGCGAUUACAGAAUACAACUCCCCCUGCAGCUCAGAUGUCCAGGAGGAUUCCCAAUAAAGCCCCUGGGAGCUAGGUCCUUGGGCAUCACAGCUGGUAGUGGAAGAAUUUCUCAGGUUUGGCCUCCUUUUCCUGCAAGGCUCUUUUCUGUUCCCUUUUGUGCUCGCUCCUUCUUUCAAUCUACACCCAUCUUCUAAGGAGGAGAUCUGGCUUGAGGUGCAAGAGUAUGGAUCUGGACUGUAACCCAGGAAAGCCAAAGUAAUGAAUCAGGACAUACAAAGAGGAGAACAAAACCAUUGGGGUUUAUAGCCAGAUCUGAUCCACCUGCUGGAAGCAAGGAGGCAAGAAAGGAGGAGGAAGAGCUGGAGAAAAUGGUCUACUCAAGAUGUGCUGAGAGCUCUGUGAUCUCUUUCGUGCCUUGGUUUCUUCCUUUUAAUGGGAUUUCUUUAGGAAUCAUGGAAAGGUCGGACCUGCAGAGUUCAGUUGUGGAUCCUGACCCAUCCAAAGCACCAGGGAGUUUGCUUCCAUGGUUUUGGUUCAAUCCCUAUUGUGUAUUAAAAGCCAAAUGAAUCAAGUGUAGUAAUGAGUCCUGUGUGCCUGUGGAACAGAUGUCUCCUGGCCCUUGUCUCAGCGUUUCUUUUCCUAAAGCAAAUAAAAAAUCUUCAUCUCUACAA